AUGCGCAAGCCAUACAAACCGCGGCGCACCCCAGACCUACACCAUGAUCAGCAGCAGCAGCAGCAGCAGCAGCCACGUCCCCACCCGAAACAGCAGCAGCAGCGGGUGCAGGAGGAAGCGAGCGCUGGUGGCAAUGGCGGUGAUGGUGAGCAGGUGGUGACGGCCGGCAACGGACGACCGCCCAAGCCCGCGCCGGGUAAGGGGAAGCGCGCACCGCCAUCACGCGUCCUCGGCGUCAAGAACAUUCCGGUGGCCGACAACACCGAAACGCGACUUCGCGAGCACUUUGAAGCGUUUGGGGCCAUCGAGGCCAUUCGACCAGGCACCAUGCCGGACGGCAGCAAAUGGGACAAGGGUGCGACUGUUGUGUAUGAGUCUGUUGAGAGCGGCGUGAAUGCGCACAACUCGCACCAGGCCGUCCUGGGCAACCGCUUUGUCAGCAUCUUCUUCGCCCCAGACGCCGCCCCAAAGGACACCGGCCCGCCGCCGGAGCCGUCACAGAAGAUCAUUUCACGCAAGGAGGCGCAAUCGGCGUCGUCGAAGGCGGCAAAAUUGCACAAGAUUGUCGACUUGUUGGCGCGGUCUGUGGAGCGGCAGCGGCAUUUCCUGAAGCAGCUGGAGAGCAAGACGAUGACGGCCGAGGAGCGGUCCGUGGUCAAGGACGCGUUGAGGCGCGAGCUUUCACACGCGAAGCAGAUGCGCAGCCAGGAGCAGCAGCUCAUGCAGGAGCAGGCUGCUGCUGCUGCAUCGGGAGCCGAGGGCCGUGGCCGCGGCCGUGGACGGGGGCGAGCGCGCGGACGAGGACGUGGCCGGGGGCGUGGCAGGGGACGCGGAAGGGCAACGGGCACGGUGAUCCAAGUGCACGGGGUCGAUCGCGACGCCGUUUCACGCCUCACGCCGCUCUUUGCGAGUGUCGGGGCGUUGCGGUGCGAUCCGUUGCUGUCCUCGGACGGCACGCUGCUCGUCACGUACAAGUCACGCAGCGACGCCACAAAGCGUCUCGUUGACGCGCGUCUCACGCCCCACAUCCCCUGCGUGCCAAUGUCACAUCGGCUGUCGAACCAGGCGCUGUCGUCAUGCAAGGAGUUUGACGGCCAGCAGCUUGACAUGUCGUGGUUCCAGAGCCAGAGCGGGCAGGAGGAGGAAGGUGAUGCGCCAGAGGCAGCGCAGGAUGGUGGCAGCGACCGGCAGCAAGCGCAGGCGGUUAAGGACGCGGCGCAGCAGGUGCAGGCUGUCGAGCAAGGCGGAGAGAACUCGCACGGGCAGGAGCAACAAGUGUCAGAAGCACCACAACAGGAGGAAACAGCAGCACAAUAA